AUGCCUUCCUUCAAGAACUCCGUUGUCCUUUCCGCCCUUGCUGGCGCCGCCUCCGUCAUGGCCCACGGCCACGUCAACUUCUUCAAGGACGGUUCCGAGGAGUUCGCCGGUUACGAUGUCACCAAGCUCCCGUACAUGAACCCUGCCCCCGAUGUCUACGGAUGGUCCAACACUGCCACCGACAACGGUUUCGUUGCCCCCACCGCCUACACCGACGGAGACAUCAUCUGCCACCGCGGCGCCAAGAACGCUGCCUUGACCGCCAAGGUUGCCGCCGGUGACAAGCUCCAGGUCUUCUGGGACACCUGGCCCGAGUCCCACAAGGGUCCCGUCCUCGACUACCUCGCCUCUUGCGGUGACGACUGCUCCACCGUCGACAAGGCCACUCUCGAGUUCUUCAAGAUCCAGGAGGCCGGUCUUACUAGCGGCAAGUGGGCUUCUGACGAGCUCAUCGCCGCCAACAACUCUUGGACUGUCACCAUCCCCACCUCCCUGAAGCCCGGCAAGUACGUCUGGCGUCACGAGAUCAUUGCCCUCCACUCCGCCGGCCAGGAGGACGGUGCCCAGAACUACCCCCAGUGCCUCAACAUUGAGGUCACCGGCUCCGGCUCCGAGCUGCCCGCCGGCACCAAGGGUACCGCCCUCUACACCCCCACUGACGCUGGUAUCCUCGUCUCCAUCUACAACAACCUGCACGCUCGCGAUGUUGUCCGUCAGAUUUAA